AUAGAUAUGGGUACGUCACUUAAGUUUCCGGAUUUGUUAGAUUUUCUAAUGUCGUAUGUCAACGAGAUCGGUAGUUAUCUCCCAUAGUUCCCCACCCGAACCUGAACCUUAUUAGCUUCGGUUUAUUGACAAGCCUGAGCUUCGGAAUCUUGUUCAUUCAAACUCUCACAUCGUUCCCCUCACACUGUUAAAGCUCAUUGAACCAGUUCAAACUAGUCAUUAAACUCACUUGGCUAAGAACCCUAAUUCGCCCUUCCUUUCUCAUCACCUUCGAUCUUCUCUUCAGCGAUCAGGAGUCGGCAGCUGCGAAUUUCAUGUAAUUCAUAAAAAUGGCUUUCUUUUCUUGAUCGGAAAUUGACAUUUCAUGGUUUGUGAUCUUUGAAAUUGAGAACACUUCUUCUCUCAUCGUGAUCAUCAAUGCAUGCAUCCGAAGAAUUGUAAUGCAGGAGUUUGAUCCAUCUAAUUGUUGCGUUUUGUGUUAAUUUUGCUUGUUAACUAGAAACUAUGGCGCAGAGUAAUUGGGAAGCAGAUAAGAUGCUUGAUGUUUACAUAUAUGAUUAUUUGGUGAAGAAAAAGUUGCACAAUACUGCCAAGUCAUUUAUGACAGAAGGGAAGGUUUCUCCUGAUCCAGUAGCUAACACUGAAAAUGCAGCAAUUGAUGCUCCUGGAGGUUUUCUUUUUGAGUGGUGGUCUGUUUUCUGGGAUAUUUUUAUUGCAAGGACAAAUGAGAAACAUUCUGAGACUGCUGCAGCGUAUUUAGAGGUUCAACAAAUUAAAGCGAAAGAACAACAAUUGCAAAUGCAGCAGUUGCAAUUAAUGCGUCAUGCUCAACUGCAAAGAAGGGAUUCUAAUCAUCCUCCCCUUGGAAGUCCUCUAAAUGUUAUCUCUACAGAAGGUGUGCUUGGGCAAUCUACUGCCAGUGCUUUGGCUGCAAAAAUGUAUGAGGAUCGGAUGAAACACUCAAAUUCUAUGGAUACAGAGACAUCCCAACCACUUUUAGAUGCUAGAAUGGCCCUGAUGAAAUCAACAAAUCAUCCUGGUCAGAUGGUUCAAGGAAAUUCAGGAAGUGUUACAGCAGCUUUGCAGCAAAUCCAGGCUCGGACUCAGCAAACCCCUCAGGAGAUCAAAAGUGAAGUCAACAUGGGAAACAUGCAGAGAUCCUUAUCUAUGGAUCCUUCUUCAAUUUAUGGGCAGGGAGGAAUCCAGUCAAAGUCUGGAAUCACAAAUGCAGCAUUAAAUCAGGGAGUUGGUGGUCUCACGUUGAAAGGAUGGCCUUUAACUGGCAUAGAUCAAAUUCGCCCUGGUUUUGGAGCACAAGUUCAAAAGCCUCUCCUUCAGAGUUCAAAUCAGUUUCAGCUUUUGCCACAACAACAACAACAACAGCUCCUUGCACAGGUACAAGCACAAGGAAAUGUAGGCAACUCAUCAUUGUAUGGAGAUAUGGAUCCACAACGAUUAAGGGGAUUAGCUAGGGGAGGUUUGAAUGUGAAAGACAGUCAACCGAUUGCAAAUGAUGGGUCAAUAGGUUCACCAAUGCAAUCAACUUCAUCUAAGCAGAUCAACAUGCCACAGAUGCAACAAUCCAUCUCCAACCAACAACAGGAUCCUUUGCAUCCUCAGCAACUAGCGCAGAAUAACCGAAAAAGGAAAGGGCCUACAUCUUCAGGAGCUGCCAAUAGUACUGGUACAGGAAAUACACUUGGCCCUUCUAAUUCUCAACCAUCAACUCCAUCAACUCAUACUCCUGGUGAUGGAGUUGCUAUGACGGGUAACUUGCAGAAUGUUGCUGGUGUAUCCAAAAGUUUGAUGAUGUAUGGUACUGAAGGAGCAGGCGGUCUUGCAUCUUCCACAAACCAGCUGUUGCAGGAUGACAUGGAGCAUUUUGGAGAUGUUGGCUCCUUAGAUGAUCAUGUGGAAUCAUUUCUCUCACAGGAUGAUGGUGAUGGAAAGGACUUAUUUGGCACAUUGAAACGGAACCCUUCUGAGCAUGCUCCAGACUCUUCAAAAGGCUUUUCCUUCAGUGAAGUUAGUUCUAUACGCAAAAGCAAUGGAAAAGUUGUUUGCUGUCAUUUUUCUUCAGAUGGGAAAUUAUUAGCUAGUGCUGGACAUGACAAGAAGGUUGUGCUGUGGAACAUAGAGACACUGGAAACACAGAGCACACCAGAGGAACACACUGUUAUUAUUACUGAUGUUCGCUUCAGACCAAAUUCAACUCAGCUGGCAACGUCUUCAUUUGAUACAACUGUGCGGCUUUGGGAUGCUGCAGAUCCAGGCUUUUCAUUGCAGGCAUAUAGUGGUCAUACCUCACAUGUGGCAUCCCUUGAUUUCCACCCUAUGAAAACUGACCUUUUCUGUUCCUGUGAUGAUAACAAUGAGAUUCGCUUUUGGAAUAUUAGUCAGUAUUCUUGCACUCGCGUUUUUAAGGGAGGAUCUACACAGGUGAGGUUUCAGCCAAGGAUUGGACACCUUCUGGCUGCUGCAUCUGGCAAUGUUGUGUCUCUCUUUGAUGUUGAGACUGACAGGCAAAUGCACUCAUUACAGGGACACUCUGGGGAGGUGCACUGUGUAUGCUGGGAUCCAAAUGGCGAUUAUUUGGCAUCUGUGAGUCAAGAAUCUGUCAAAGUGUGGUCACUUGCCUCUGGUGAUUGCAUUCAUGAACUUAAUUCCAGUGGAAACAUGUUUCAUUCGUGUGUUUUUCACCCAAGCUACUCCAACCUAUUGGUUAUUGGAGGAUACCAGUCAUUGGAGCUAUGGAACAUGGCUGAGAACAAAUGUAUGACCAUACCAGCUCAUGAGGGUGUAAUAUCAGCUCUAGCACAAUCACCAGUAACAGGGAUGGUUGCUUCUGCCAGUCAUGACAAAUCUGUAAAGAUAUGGAAAUAAAAGUUAUUGUUCUGUGGUUCCAAAGAGCGAUACCAUGUGUUAUACCAGUUACAUUAUGAUGGGUAGUACCAGUUCCAAUAAAAAACAGCGUUGAAGAAAUAAGACAGAUUUGCAUGGGAGAGAAGAAUCCUCCAUGUAUUAGUGCCCCCAUCUUACUUCUUUUUUCUCCUAGCAGGGAGAGAAGAAUCCUCCAUUAUUAUCUUAUGUGACAAUGGGCUUUGUAUAUUUUCUGUUCACACGGUUACUUAUCUCUGCGUCUUCUUUGUUCUUUUACUUAUUUUUGCUCUCUUAAGCAAAUUAUAUUUAAAUUCUUUUGCACGUUCUUUGUCUUUUUACUGAUUAGAACAUUAUAUCAAUCAAUCAGUAAUCUAUAAAUAAACUAUAUAUGUCGAUUGGUUGGACACGUCAUUUUUGUAAUCUUUAAUUCUUUCCUAUUAGACAUUGGAGAUCGAACCUUCUUGUUUGGUGAUCAGUACAUAAUAUUAGUUGACGCUCAUUUUAUUUUCCUUGUUGAA